AAAAAUGACUCAUUGUAACCAAAUGUCAAAGUGUUGGAACUAAAAAUCCCUACAUUUCUUUUUGCUGUCAAGUUAGCAAGUCAAAAUGUCUUUGGUAAUUCCGGAGAAAUUUCAACACAUUCUUCGUAUCCUCGGUACGAAUAUCGAUGGAAAAAGGAAAGUGCAAUUCGCCCUCACUGCCAUCAAGGGAGUUGGUAGACGUUAUUCCAAUAUUGUCUUGAAAAAGGCAGAUGUGAACCUAGACAAGAGGGCUGGAGAAUGUUCCGACGAAGAAGUUGAGAAAAUUAUUACUAUUAUGUCUAAUCCUCGUCAAUACAAAAUCCCUGACUGGUUCUUGAACAGACAGAAGGACAUUAUUGAUGGUAAAUACAGUCAGCUGACUUCUUCAAGUCUCGACUCGAAGUUGCGUGAGGAUUUGGAAAGGAUGAAGAAGAUUCGUGCCCACAGAGGUAUGAGACACUACUGGGGUCUCCGUGUGAGAGGUCAACACACUAAGACUACUGGACGUCGUGGACGUACUGUUGGUGUGUCCAAGAAGAAGUAAGCUUUAAGUUAUAAAAUAAAAAUUUUGAUAUUUC